AUGGUACUAGUAAGUACGGACACGUUCCUGGCCAAGGUGACGGAGUUCUACGCUGAGGCGCAGGGCUCCAAGGGAUCAGUUGCCAUCUCCUGCAAAAGUGUUCCUGUGGCCAAGGUGAACAACAAAGCUCAGCAGAAAAUCCUUAAGCUCACGGUGGAGGACGGAGAGCACGUGCUGCUGUUCCGUGCCUGUAAGUACGGCAACAACAAGCACAAGAAGAAAUACAGCACUGUGGUGACGGCGGUGAACCACGCGUCGUUCCAUGCGUCUCUGAGCCAGAUCGUUACGACUAAGGUGGAUGUACCGACUAAGGAUGCAGUCGGCAAAGGCCCCAAGCGAGUGGCGGCUAAGGUCAAGAAGACAACGGAAUAG